AAGUUGGGCCAAUCAGAAGAGGCCACCGAGUCAGCUGACGCGUUUGGGGUGACGUGACUUUAUGUUGUGAAAAUGACGGGACACGAACACCAUCAUCACUUUCUCUGUGUUUCUGUGAUUUAAUGAGGUUGCUGUGGUCCUUGGUCCUGCCAUGUGUCUACCUCAGCCUCCUCCUCACUCUGCUCCUCAUGCUGCUUCUGCUGGGUCUCCGCAUGUGGCUCCAGAGCCGCUGCAAAGCCCGCCGGGACCGGGACGGUGGACCGGCAGUGGCCUUUUUCCACCCUUACUGCAAUGCGGGUGGAGGCGGGGAGCGUGUCCUCUGGUGUUCACUGAGGGCCCUCAUGCACCGAUUCCCCGGCAUCUCCUUUGUGGUUUACACGGGUGAUCAGGGAGUGAAUGGUGAACAGAUUCUAAACAGCGCCCAACGGCGCUUUAACAUCACACUACCACGACCUGUCACCUUCAUCUUCCUCCGUCACCGGAUGCUGGUGGAGGCCAGUUCGUACCCGCACUUCACCCUGCUGGGCCAGAGUGCCGGUUCGAUGUUCCUCGGCUGGGAGGCGCUGACUUCCUUCAUUCCUGAUCUGUAUGUGGACUCAAUGGGUUAUGCCUUCACUCUGCCAAUCUUCCGCUACCUGGGAGGCUGUAAGGUGGCAAGCUAUGUUCACUAUCCCACCGUCAGCACCGACAUGCUGUCUGUGGUCAGAGAAAGAAACCCCCGGUUCAAUAACGCUGACUUCAUCUCCAGAAACCCGGUGCUGAGUGCAGUUAAGGUGGCGUACUACUGCUUCUUUGCUCUACUUUAUGGCCUGGCUGGUUCUUGCAGUGAUGUCAUCAUGGUGAACUCCACCUGGACACUGGGACACAUACUUGCCCUGUGGCGCUCCCCGAACCGCACCAGUGUUGUCUACCCACCUUGUGACGUGAGAGCAUUGGACAUCCCAUUGGAUGAAGAUGAUGAAGAGGUGGAGGAAGGCUGGGAGGAGCUUGGAGGGGAGCUGGGAAGUGGAGAGGAAGAAGGAUAUGGGAAAGAAGGAAUGUUUCCAGAAAGGAAGUGCCACUCCAUUGUGUCAGUGGGUCAGUUCCGACCAGAGAAGGACCACCGUAUGCAGAUCCGGGCGUUUCACAAACUUCUUGACAGGAAAGGGGAGGGGUCCUGUGGGCGAGAGUCUCUGCGGCUGGUACUGAUCGGUGGCUGUAGGAACCAGGAGGACGAGGACAGAGUCCUGAUGCUGCGAGGGCUGUGCCAGGAGCUGGGUGUGGCCGACCGGGUCGACUUCAGAAUCAAUGUGCCCUUUGAGGAGUUGAAGAAAGGGCUGGCGGACGCCACAGUUGGUCUGCACACCAUGUGGAAUGAACACUUUGGUAUUGGUGUGGUGGAGUGUAUGGCUGCAGGCACCAUCGUCCUUGCCCACAAGUCUGGUGGUCCAAAGUUGGACAUUGUGGUCCCAUAUGAGGGUGGCCAGACGGGCUUUCUGGCUGACAGCGAGGACAGCUAUGCAGCUGCCAUGGAAACCAUCCUGGCACUCUCACCGGCGGAAAAGAUGGAGAUCCGACAUAAUGCCCGGCACUCUGUGGAAAGGUUUUCUGAUCAGGAGUUUGAGGCCUCUUUCCUGUCUGCCAUGGAGGAGCUGAUGAAUCAGCUGGAGCGAUGAAGAAGCAUGUCAAUGUCUGCAAUCCACCAGGGUUAGCAUUUUGGUUUGUCAGCUACCCCCCCCCCCCUUUAAAUUUGUUGUAAAGCAAAAUGAGGUGUUUCCAACACAGUGCCUCAUUUGCAAUAGAAAAACAAAUUGGCGCUGUAAAUCCUGAGCCCUGGUGGAGAAGAACUGCUGAAAUGGUUCUAGUUGUCUGUGAACACGCAGAAACAAGCCGUUUCCAUUGACUGUGCAUGUGUCGUGCUCUUAUUGUGUGUUUGAAGUCGUCGGGUAUUUUAAUGUCACUUUAAUAGGAGACUUGGGAGCACAAACACAGCUGUUAGCCAAACCAACCAAUGAAGACACUGCAAGCCAAUCACAACUCUUAUCACAUCUCUUCUAAUGAAAUGCAGAAGAGAAAACUGGACGGCUUUUCUUCCAAAGUUUUUUGAAGUUAUUUGAAUGUUGCUAUGAAGGUACUGCACACCCUACUGUCAAUACCUGAUACUGCAACUGUUACAGUGGAGUUGACGUGAAUAUAACUGUUCUCAUCAACUCUCAUUUCCAUAAGUAUCAUCAAUCUAUCCUUAAACGUAGACAUAUCUGAGGGUUAAUUUGUGAAUUGCAUAAGUCGCAUAGUGUUUCCAUGUAAGCAGCUAGCUUCUAAUACAAAUAUAGCUUCUUAUUUUGCUAAGAUCAUUUGACUUAUAGCCUCCCAUAAACGGCAACCAUGAAUUGGCACUUUUCAACCACUAUCUGUGCAGGGUAGUUUGCUUUUCAAGUAGCUGAAAUCUGUGAAUGAAUUGCUACAUUCAUAUUUAUUAGUGGUAAUAUAAACUUGAAUAUACAGAAUACUUACAGAUAUUGCUGUUCUAAAGGAUAUUUACUCG